AAUGAGCUGCACUUAUUGUGACUAAUCAGUAAUCUCAUGACCACAUAGAAGGCGUUCCACUAUUUUAGGUUUUGAGAUCAAUCGCUGGAUUCAAAGCAUCUUAAGCACUACUAAMAUCUAUAACCUGAACCAGAUGUCUACAGAAUUGAUUCACGCAAUUGGGAUGGCUGUUGUCAAUGGCAUUUCUUCCUUGGCCGGCAUUGCUGGUAACACUCUAGUGCUCGUUAUUCUUUUCAGAAACAAGGGAUAUUUUCACGGAGUGAACGUAUUUAUAGGAGCACUUGCUAUUACUGAUCUCAUGGUUUGUAUCAUUGUUCAGCCUGUUUUUAUCUACUUGCUGUUUGGAUCCUUGACAGCAAACACUCUCAAAGCUUUUGAUAAAAGCGUCUUUGCUGUCAUGAUUCAAAUGUCUUUGAAUAUUCUUUUAUGCAUAGCGAUAAGCCGUUUCUUGGAAAUAACGCACCCGUUCUUUUAUCGUUCGUUCGCAACAACAUCUCGAAUCGUUAUCGUCAUUCUAGUGGUUUCAGUCAUUUCUACGGCACAAGGUAUACUUUUUARCACUGUCUCAUCAAUGGAGGUUGCCGAACCCUUUUUUCAGUAUGCCACCAUUGCGAUAUUCCUAUUGAUCUACGGUAGACUCUACCUUAUAGCAAGAAAGCAUCGAAAUGAAAUCAUAUGCCAAAGCAGAUCUCUUGCUUACAAUCAUGGUCCAACCGGAAAAAGAUUCGCUCGCCUAAGGAACUCCACAAUCACUACGGCCAUAAUAACUGGUACAUUCGUGAUUUUCUUUCUUCCUUUUAGCAUAGUUAAUAUGCUGGACAACGAGCACGCUGAAGAAGAAGACGAAUAUGAGUCGGUGAGGUUUUGGGUUAGCACUAUUGUGUCCAGCAGCUCGUCUCUUAAUGCAUACAUUUAUGCACUUAGAAGCCCAAACUUUAAAAACGCUAUCACGAAAGAGUUGCAAGCAAAAUGCUGUUGUAAAAAAACAACUUUUAUAAGCAAGAACGAAUAAAUGAAACAAGCAAACAAACAAACAAACAAACAAACAAACAAACAAACAACAGAAAAGAAAGGGAAGAAGGGCUUAUGAAAUGCAAAGAUAGCCCACCUAUACUGGUGAAUAUAAGUCUGACAUCUUUACCGUGACAACAAAAACAGAUAAUAAAUAUAUCGCCUAAUGAAAUGUUUGUAACUUUGUACAGAUUAGUGAAAGAGACCGAAUGAAAAUUGAGAAGAAUGCUGAUCUAAAUAAAAUAAAAUAAAAAAAAUAAAAAGACUACACUAAC